AAUGCACAGCUCACUGAAGAAAUAACAGAUAUUGAACACAGAAUUGAAAUUUUGAUAUCCACCAUAGCUGCAUUAACCACAUCAACGCAGAUGACAGAGAAGAUCACAGCAGAUUAUGAGAGCGAACUGGAAAAUCAAAGGAAACAAUUAAAUGCCGUCACAAACAAAAUCAUGGAUGCUGAUGUCGAAAGGAAAGCUGCCGCUUUGACAAAAGCAGAACAAGAGAAUUCAAGUUUGGAGGAGUCUAUCAAAAAGGACAAACUUGAAGUGAAGGCUUUUAGAGAAUCGAUAAAGGAACAUGAAAGAACGGAACAACAGAUUGAAAAGGAUUUCGAAAACGCUCGUCUGGAGUUUGCGUCGGUAAUGAACGAGAGACAAACAGAGAUUGAUUACAUCAAGAUACAAAUCGCAGAUUUGCAAACCAAGUUACUGAAUCAUGGCAAACAAAAUGAAGAAAAAAACGAAAAGGGUUUUGCAAAGAAGCCAAAUUCACUUAAAAGAAGAGUCACUCGUUUUUUCAGAAGUACCACGGAUUGA